CUUCAACUUCUGAUAAACCACAGAUAAACUGAAUAAGAAUAACUGCAAUUAAAACCACUUUCCAACUUACAAACACAUAACAUAAUUAACCAACAUAAUGUCUUGUACCAUUACAACCAUUAGCCAUCAAGACCACAUUUUUCUUCCUCACCAUUCCUCAUUAGUGCUUCACUACCUAUUCUCCCACAUCCAUCCACAAUUAUAUCAUCACCAUAAAUGCUCUUGCUCAUUAUGUUGAGCUUGCCCUUUCAUUCUAUCCUCCUCUAACAAACCUUUUCCUUACAAUCUACUCUAAUCUCUUUCUCUAUAUCCUUCCCUCCUUCAGAGAUACACACUUGUUCUUUCUCAAAAUCCACCAAUAUCUUGUCUUAAUUCUGUAAAAUGGAGGGGAACUUCAGUUCCUAUAAUCCUCAACUAGCUUCUAGUUUGAAGGAGAGUUACAGUAAGCAGGAGCAUGAUCAUUCAGGGGAGGAUCAUCAUCUCAAAGAAGAAGAUUGUAUGUCUCCAUCUUUCAAUCUGAGCAAUAUUUCUAAGCUCAUUCUUCCCCCACUUGGUGUUUCAAGCCAGAAUCCUGUUAACUCAAAAGGGUGGAUCAUAUCACCAAUGGAUUCCAGAUACAGGUGUUGGGAGAGUUUUAUGGUUCUUCUGGUAGCUUAUUCUGCAUGGACUUAUCCCUUCGAAGUUGCUUUCAUGCACAAAUCUUCUAACAUGAAAAUCUAUGUUGCGGACACUGUUGUUGAUAUUUUCUUCGGUAUUGACAUUGUUUUGACUUUCUUCUUGGCUUACAUUGAUCGAACAACUCAUCUACUGGUUCGAGACAAGAAGAAGAUUGUAGUAAGAUACCUGUCUACAUGGUUCCUGAUGGAUUUGGCAUCAACAGUACCAUAUGAGGCACUUGGGUAUUUGUUCACUGGAAAACACAAAGUGGGUCUCCCAUACUUCCUCUUGGGCCUGCUUAGAUUUUGGAGAAUAAGACGAGUCAAUCAGUUCUUCACAAGGCUUGAGAAAGACAUCAGGUUCAGCUAUUUCUGGGUCCGAUGUGCCAGGCUUCUUUCUGUAACACUUUUUUCAGUUCAUUGUGCUGGAUGUCUGUAUUACAUGCUAGCUGAUCUUUAUCCCCACAAAGGGAAGACAUGGAUUGGAGCUGUGAACCCAAACUUCAGAGAGACAAGCCUUCGGAUCAGAUACAUUUCUGCCAUGUACUGGUCCAUCACUACCAUGACCACUGUAGGUUAUGGAGACCUUCAUGCCGUCAACACCAUGGAGAUGAUCUUCAUUAUUUUCUACAUGCUCUUUAACCUUGGCCUAACUUCUUACUUGAUCGGUAACAUGACAAAUCUUGUCGUCGAAGGAACUCGUCGUACCAUGGAAUUUAGAAAUAGCAUUGAGGCAGCAUCAAACUUUGUGUGCCGAAAUCGGUUGCCUCCGAGGUUAAAAGAACAGAUCUUGGCGUACAUGUGUUUGAGAUUUAAGGCAGAGAGUUUGAAUCAGCAUCAGCUUAUUGAGCAGCUACCAAAGUCUAUUUGCAAAAGCAUCUGCCAGCAUUUGUUUUUUGAAACUGUGGAGAAAGUCUAUCUUUUCAAAGGCGUAUCAAAAGAAAUUAUUUUGUCCCUGGUUGCAAAAAUGAAGGCAGAGUACAUACCUCCGAGAGAGGAUGUUAUCAUGCAAAAUGAAGCACCAGAUGAUAUUUACAUUAUUGUGUCUGGAGAAGUGGAGAUCAUUGAUAGUGUGAUGGAGAAAGAGAAAACUUUAGGGACUCUGCAUACUGGGGACAUGUUUGGAGAGGUUGGUGCCCUUUGUUGUAGACCUCAGAGCUAUACCUACAGAACCAAGACUCUUACACAGCUCCUGAGACUGAAAACCAACACCCUUCUAGAAUCAAUGCAGAUUAAAAGAGAAGACAACAUACAAAUACUCAAAAAUUUUCUUCAGCAUUUCAAGCAGAUUAAGAAUCUGAGUAUCAAAGAUUUGAUGGUGGAGAAUGUGGAAGAAGAGGACCCUAACAUGGCUGUGAACUUGUUAACUGUGGCCAGCACAGGCAAUGCAGCUUUUCUUGAGGAGCUUCUGAGAGCAGGUUUGGAUCCUGACAUUGGAGACUCGGAAGGGAAAACUCCAUUGCAUAUAGCAGCAUCAAAUGGGCAUGAAGAAUGCGUUAAAGUGUUACUAAAGUAUACAUGCAACAUACAUAUAAAAGACAUGAAUGAUAACACUGCAAUGUGGGGUGCUAUAGCAUCAAAACAUUACUCCAUAUUUCGACUCCUAUUCCAGUUUGCUGCUCUCUCAGACCAGAACACAGCAGGUGAUCUUCUGUGUACAGCCGCCAAAAGAAACGAAUUAACAGUGAUGGCUGAUCUUUUGAAACAAGGAUUAAACGUUGACUCUAAAGAUCGUCAUGAUGCAACAGCAAUCCAAAUUGCUAUGGCAGAAAAGCAUGUGGAAAUGGUUAAGUUGCUUGUCCUGAAUGGUGCAGAUGUAUCUGAAGUACAUAAUGAUGAAUUUUGUUCAUCCACCAUGACUGAAAUGCUGCAUAAUUGUGAAAUUGGACAUAGAAUUAAUGUAAUUGAGUUUAUGCCGGAUGAAGUUGCAUCAAAGGGGGGGAAACAUCAAGAGGAGGAACAUAUGGGAGAAACAAGAUAUGAUGGACCAAAGAUUGCUAGAGUAAGCAUAUAUAGAGGUCAUCCUGUAGUAAGAAGAGAAAAAGGUAUCAUGCAAGCUGGGAAGCUAAUAAGGAUGCCUGAUUCAUUAGAUGAACUCAAAAAAAUUGCAGGUGAAAAAUUUGGGAUUGAUGCGAAAGAUGCAACGGUAACAAAUGAAGAAGGAGCAGAAAUAGACUCCAUUGAUGUGAUUAGAGAUAAUGAUAAACUUUUUUUUGUUGACUGAGCUGAGAUGCAAAGAUGUCAA